AUGGUUUACUGCGGCAAGCCCUCCAAGGGGUGCUCAAACUGCCGUGAGCGCAAGAUUCGUUGCGACCAACGAGAACCUGGCUGUGGACAAUGUGAGAAGCGACAGCAGCAAUGUCCAGGAUACAGGAAUUUGGUUGAUCUUAUGUUUCGGGAUGAGAGUUCCCAUGUCAUCAAGAAAGCGACUGCCAAAGCCAGGAAGAAGAAGACCCAGUCGCCAGACAAGACCACUCCUUCACCAACCAGGCCGGUCCCCACGCCGAAGACAUUGACCUGGUCGCCACCUGAGUCCAGUUCAAGCUCCAGCCCGAGGCGGCUACCGGUAACUCCAUUGAUUUCAACCUCAACAGCACAUAAGCGGGAAGUUUCCGUGGUUUCGCAGCUUCAAUGGUCUCCGGUGUUCAAGUUCGAUGAGACAGAUAGACAACUUGUGAAAGAGGAGCCCGAGCUACUCUCGCCGGUGGAUCUCUUCCCUCCCUCGUACUAUCACUUCUCGCCCAGCUACCAGGAACGGGGUGUGAAUUUGUUCAUCACCCGUUACAUUAGUGUGAGCGAGAACUUUUGUCAUCACAAAUAUGACUUCCUGUUCGAUCUCUGGACACCAGGCACCUCAAAUGAGGAGAAUGAUUCAGUUCUGGCAAGUGUGACGGCCGUCGGUCUCGUCGGCGUCGCGCAAAUGACACGAUCCCAGACCGCCCUGGACGCAGCACGGAAGAGCUACGGCAAGGCUCUCCAAUUGACAAAUGCCGCCCUUCGGGACCAAGAUGAGGCGGUAAAAGAUACCACCAUGCUCUCGGUGCUGAUACUGGGCCUUUUCGAGAUGAUCGGCGGAUCAAGUGCCAGGACCACCGAGGCCUGGCAGAAGCACCUCAACGGCGCAGCUGCUCUCGCCAGACUUCGAGGCAUGGGCCAAUUCCGGUCCCGCGCUGGAAUCCGGAUGUUCUUCAUGCUCACUCAAAACACAAUGAUCAAUUGUAUCCAGAAUGAGCUGCCAAUGCCGAAGGACCUGAUCGAUCUGCGCAGUCAGUUAGGUGUGAUGUUCAACUUGAAAGGCAGGGAACCUGGGUUCGAAAUCUGCAACGCUAUGUACAACAUUUUGCAACUGCGGUACGACAUCAAGCAAAAUAUCGUCACUGAUCUAGACGAGAUGCUGGACAAGUUUACCGAGGCGGAGGAUGAUUUCGAAAGGGUGGUCACUCUUUUCCCCGAAGACUGGCAGUAUCGCAAAUACCGCUUGACACAACGUCUCCGGCCGGGCUUCUUCAACAAUGUCUGCCACUCUUACCCAAGCCUACGAGUGUCAACGAUAUGGAACGGGCUCCGGACGUGCCGCAUGCUGAUCAUCGAGACGAUGCUGGAGGAGCUCCGAAAUCGAUUCCUGCGCGUGCCCGUCGCCCAGGUGCCAGGGCGGCACCAAUUUGAAUAUCAGAAGGCGAAGUUCAAGUUGGAGAAAAUUGCACUAGCAAUUCUCGCAAGUGUUCCUCAACAUUUUGGCCUCGUCCCCUUGGACGGAAGCGCUCAGGACACAUUUGCGCCUAUGCCAACCGCUGAGGACGUCUGGCCUCAAAUACCCGAUAGCAGCUGGGGGGCAGAACUUGGCGAAGGUGGCGGCUCCGACCCCAAUGGUUCUGAUGAUGGCGACGACUACUGCCAGAGCCCUUCGCUCAACAAUGCCAUGCAAGUCAAGGAUGUGGAGGCGAGUGCCAAGCGCUUCAUGCUCCUUUCCUCUGUUACGAACGGUCUGGUCUGGCCGCUGUACCUUGUUGGGAUGUCCACGGCAUCGUCGGCCGCGAUGAGGGCCUUCGUAGUCGAGAGACUGCAUGCUAUCCACGACGAAACGGGGUUGGCCCAGGCAAAAGAGCUUGCUUCCGUCGUUGAGAGCCACAAGCAGUCCUCGGAAUCAUCGGGACGGAGGCCUAGGGUCUGCGGCUCGACAAAUCUCGUCAGGUGGGAAAGUCAAUAUGCGAAAGAAAAUCAGCGGACAAGAGUGCUGCCUGUAUAA